UUUUUCUGACGACCAGGCGGGGCUAAGAAGGCAACAAGAUAGCUUACGUUGUAUAUAUCCCUGACGUCGGCAACUCAGAAAAUAGUCGGCUAAGCAAAGCUUCUGAAAUGGUGGGGAUACCGUAGUGCUAAUUAGAGUGCGAAGUAGUAUAAACGGUAUUUUUCCUCCAUCAACAUUCUCCUAUAGUUUUCUAUUUCAUCUACCUCGGUACGGUAAACUCUUGAAAGUAACAUCCCUCCAAGUUGUGGCGUAUUAAUGGAGGAGAAGAAGGAAGACGGCGACUCGGAGAUACAGGAACACGGACCCGAGCACUGGUUCUCAAAAUGGGAGCGGCAGUGCUUGGCCGAGGCGGAGCAGCGAGAGCCGAGCGAGGAGGAGGCCGACAACGACCAGGAUAAACUAUGGCAUCUUUUCCAGAACUCCGCCACCGCCGUGGCACAGUUAUACAAAGACCGAGUUUGUCAUCAACAGGGUCUGUCGCUCUGGGUGCCAUUUCAGAACGCCGCUACAGCAGUCACCAACCUGUACAAAGAAAGUGCUGAUGCGCAUCAGAGAAGUUUCGACAGAGGCAUCCAGACAGGACACCAGCGGCGUAACAAGGACAUGUUAGCCUGGGUGAAAAAGCGGCGGAGAAACAUCCGCAGGGAAGAUCUGAUCAGCUUCCUGUGCGGCAAAGCGCCGCCGCAUAGAAGCAGCAGGGCCAGCAGCAGGUUGGCCAUGGUGGCCCCCAGCCGGGCUAACUCGCCGGCCGAGACCGGCUCGUCUGUGGAAGCCGAUCUCCAGCCCUUCAGGGAGGCCAUAGCACUUCAUGGUUUGAGCGGCGCCAUGGCGAGCAUCAGCGUGCGCUCCGGUGCCCCGGGGUCGCCCACGCACGUGAGCGCAAGCAGUGGCAGCGCCACCGCCGGGGGCGGGGCUUCUUCGGGCUCGGGGGCGCUGUGCCGCAGCAGACGUAACGGCCUGCAGGACGUCGAUCUGAACACUUUCAUCUCGGAGGAGAUGGCGCUGCAUCUGGACUCUACCGGUGCCGCCUCUGCCGGGGGAGGGGCUAGGAAACGAAACUCCGCCCAAUGUAGCGACGUCAUCACGGACUCCCCCACUCACAAACGCAACAGGAUGAUUUGAAGCGCUCGCCUUGUCUCCCUUCCCCAUCACGCCACUUCCCGCCACAAGUGUGUGCAAGCGGCGACGGCCCGGGAUCAAGACACGACCGUGCCCUCUGACCUCACCCACCACCUUAAAAGGAAGUGACCACAUACCACUUCCUGUUACUUUGAUGCUUCUUCUACCGCCAGUGUUCAUCAUUUACAUGACGUGAUCGCCAAACUCAUUUUGUAGGGGUGUCCCGAUCCCACUUUCACACCCGAUAUCGGUGCCAUGUCAGCAGUAACGACUUGCAUGUGCGAUACAAGCAGUCUUGCAGCGGGUUUGUGUGCGAUACAAGCAGUCCUGCAGUGUGUUUGUGUAUGAUAUCACAAGCGAUACGAGCAGUCCUUCAGCGUGUUUACUUGUGUGUGUGUGAUAUCAUGUGCGAUAGAAGCAGUCCUGCGGAGUGUGCGUGUACGCGCGAUAUAAGCUCUCCCACAGCUUGUUUACUUGCGUGUGAUAUCAUAUGCAAUACAAGCACUCCUGCAGCUUGUUUACUUGUGUGUGUGAUAUCAUAUGCGAUACAAGCAGUCUUGCAGCAUGUUUGUAUGUAAUAUCGUACGCAAUGCAAGCAGUCCUGCAACAAGUCUGUGUGUGAUAUCAUGUGCGAUACAAGCAGUCCUGGAGUGUGAUAUCGUGUGGUAUACAAGCAAUCCUGCAGCUUUUUUACUUGUGCAGUUAACAUCUACAUGUCCUCCAAUAAGCACACAGUUUCUUCUAUUUUAAUCAAGUCACGUACACAUGGCAGCUACACAACAGCUAAGCACAUGUAGUAAUCAUUGACAUCAAGUAUCAAAUAAUUAUAGUUGCAUAUUACUUACACAUACUAAGUCUACGAGGCGUAUUAGAAAGUAUCCAGUAACAAACGUGUCCGCUUUGUUCGGCUUACUUGGUCAUAAGCUUACCUUCAUGAAUUACUGUGACCACUAGGUGUGGCCAAAACAAUGACCACUCCACUUCAACUUAAAGACAGCAUAAGUCCAUUCCAGAUGGUUAAUAAGUUUUUCAUAUCUACCUUUUUUUUUUCUUUGACUCAUUUCACUUGGUCAAACCUAUUCUAAUAUUGUACACUAUUAAGUAAUACAAGUAUGUACUUGUAAUUCUGAUAUCGUAUCGCAUUAAUAUCCAAAGUGAAGAAGUUGUAUUGGGACGCCCCUAUUUAUUUGUUGAGCCAUUAUUUCUCAAUAACAUGUUUAAAAGCAGCUGCCCUUUUAUGUGUGACUUUUCUGAGGAGUUGCAAUCAGUUAUUUUGCACUUAACAUUUCAAUCUGCAAAGAAAAAUCAGCUCUUCCGCAGCGCUCUGCUCUUAGCCCCGCCCACUUGGUGGCCGUCACGCCCACAGGCCAAACUGUCCUCCAGCAGGGCCGCCAAGUGCACAAUGUGCUACAAUAAC